UGUGGCGCGUGUUAUCAGUGCGCCGAGAGCUCGGUGAAAAGAAAAGUACACAGCGGCCAGCGAGUGUGACGUUAAAAGCUUUUUGACACUUCGACUUUGUCGACCUCAUCUUCUCGACAGUCUUAACGUCGUCACCGUUCGCCAUGAGCACCAACAAGGUGCAGAAGCAGGACGUGCUGCAGGCCGUGGUGGUGGCCAACUUCUUCCACAAGAACUUCUGGCCCGCCGCCGACGGGGACAGCGCUUGCCUGUUACCGCUCGUCAACCGACCUCUUCUGCACUACACCCUCGACAUGCUCGAGUCUUCGGGCAUCUUGGACGUAAUCGUGUUCUGCUCCAGCGGGAGCGCGGACCGCAUCAAGGCGUCCGUGCAGCGCGCGUCGGGCGCCCGUCGGCUCAACGUCGUCUACACCACUUCGGACACCUGCCGAUCGUUUGGCGACGUGCUCCGGCACUUGGACGCCUGUGCGCUCAUCCGAAACGACUUCGUGUUGCUGUGGGGCAACGUCGUGGGCCGGCUGCCGCUGUUGCCGCUCGUCAAGCGUUUCAAGACGCUGCGGCAGAGCGGCGACAAGGGCGCUGUCAUGACCAUCGUCUACCAGCGGUCCAGCGACCCGAACACCACCUCGGCAGCGGACCAGACGGUCGUGUUGGCCGCCGACACGGGCAGGGUGCUGUUCCACAACAGGGCCCGAGGCAAGAUCAACCUACCGCUGGAGCUGGUGCUCGACAACAGGACGGUGGACAUCAGGCGAGACCUGGUCGACACGAACGUAGUCAUCUGUUCGACGGCCGUGCCGCCGCUGUUCGCCGACAACUUUGACUUCCAGACCAAGGACGACUUCGUCAAGGGGCUGCUCAUCAACGAGGAGAUAUUGAACAGCACGCUCUACGCCCAUGUGGUGGACGGCGAUGGGUAUGCGGGCGAAGUUUUCGAUUGGCCGUCGUACGAGCGGGUCACCCGGGACGUGUUGCACCGGUGGACUUACCCACAGGUCCCAGAAGUGGUGGAUAAAUACAGCUUAAGGUACGGAAACGUCUACUUCGGCGAUAACAUAAAGCUGGCCCUGACUUGUGACGUGGGUAACGACACGGUUGUGGGAUCUGACUCGAAAUUCGGUAGCGAUACGAGAAUAUCCAACACGGUUGUCGGCAAAAAUUGUACGAUCGGUAAUAACGUCGUGAUAGAAAACUCUUACCUUUUCAACGGCGUCAAUGUCAAAGACAAAUCCGUCAUACGAUUUUCAGUGAUCGGAGAAAACUGUACGAUCAAAGAGAACAGCAACAUCUCAGACAGCUGUAUUCUCGGCAGCGGAGUUGUGGUCGAACCGAACACCGAAUUAAAGCAGAAACGCCUACUUAGUUCUGAUUCGAACAACAAAUCGAAAAAGUUAAGUGCCAAAGCGUUUGUGUAUGACGCAGAAAACAAUUCAGAUUCGGAUGACGACGAAGACGUGAGAGGUCUGACGUUUCGCACGAGGUCUUGGUCAAUUAACAGUGGCUCUUCGUCGGAUAAUGAUGACACCGCAUCGGUUGCAGCAUCCAUUCCUGAUGACACGUGCAUGUUCUACUCUGAGGUUGUGGACUCGUUGAUCAGAGGUUUUGAAGACCACGUACACUGCGAUAACCUAAUAUUAGAAAUUAAUUCAUCAAGAUAUGCGUACAAUAUCAAUUAUAGAGAAGCUAACUUUCAAGUUAUCCGAGCAAUGUUGACUUUAAACAGCAAAGCCGAGCUCGAGGCUUUGAACCAAGUACGGUAUUACACACAACUACAAUCUAAAUUAGACUACUUUAUGCCAGUACUAAGAAACUAUAUUAAGUCUUCGGAUUCGUGUGAAGAUUGUCUGUCUGCUAUCGAAGACAUUGCCAAAGGUGAGGAACUACUCAACACAGUUAUAGUCAAAGUAAUUCAUCAUUUAUAUAACAUGAACAUACUGAGUGAAGAAUCAAUUCUAAGGUGGCACGAAAAGGAAGAGGAUACUCAAUUUGCAAAAAACAUUAGAGAAAAAGCAAACAAACUAAUCGAAUGGUUAAAAGAUGCCGAAGAAGAAACAGAUUCUGAUGAAGAUGACAGUUCUUAAUAUUAUUGUUUAUAAAACUUGUUUGAUGUGACAUACAUAUAAAUAUAUAUAUAUAUUUAUUUACAAAAAAAUAAAUACAAAUCUUAGUUGUUCUUUAAACAAGA